UGGAUCAUCACCCCGUGAACCCAAAUCCAUCCAGGGCCGCUCCACUCUUCAGCUUGUUUUGAUGCCCCACCCCCGCAAUCGCAUCAUGGGGCCCAGCAAAACGUCAAAACGUCAAGGCUGAGCGGGACCAACCGCAACUCCAUUUCUUUCUCCAAUUCAACACUUAAAAAAAUUCGGAUUGUCCCUCGGUUCCUGGACUUGUACCUGAAAAGUUUUCCCAGGUCUUGGAUCCCGACUACACACAACAACCCACCAACACUUUCUCUUACCACCCCACGGCAGACGACAACCAACACACUGCCUAACAUGCACAUCCUCGUAGUCAACGACGACGGGCCUCCCUCCCCCCACUCGUCCCCCUACGUCCACUCCCUCGUCCGCGACCUGCAAGCCGCAGGGCACAUCGUCUCCGUCUGCCUGCCGCACACCCAACGCUCCUGGAUCGGCAAAGCCCACAUGAUCGGACAAACCGUCAAGCCGCUCUACUACCGCCCUCCCCCCGCGUCCUCCCCGGCCGCCGGCCUGACCACCGCUCUCGUCUCCGACUCCUCCCCUGAGAAAACCGAGACCACGGCGGUCAACGUAACCGACCACGGCUCCACCCACCCCCGCCCCUCCACCGUGCCCGGAACCGAAGAAUGGAUCCUCGUCGACGGCACGCCCGCCUCGUGCGUGCAAAUCGGCCUUUACCAUUUCUUCCAAGACCGCGGCCCCAUCGACCUCGUGGUGUCCGGUCCCAACUACGGACGUAACACCACGGCUGUGUUCGCCCUUUCUUCGGGAACCCUCGGCGGCGCGCUGGAAGCCGCGGUGUGCAAGCGUCGCGCUAUCGCACUUAGCUACGCCUUCUUCAACCGCAACCACGACCCGGCUAUCAUCGCCAAGGCUUCUCGGCAAUCGGUGCGCGUGAUUGAGGCGUUGUGGAAGCAGUGGCCGGAAGAUGGGAGCGUGGAUCUGUAUAGUGUCAACGUGCCGUUGUUGGAAAAACUAGAAGAGGGCAAGGUGUUGUAUACGCCCAUGUUGCAGAAUUAUUGGGGGGCGGGCAGCUGUUUUGAGGAAGUGGAAGGGUCAGUAUAUGGCGAGGAGGAGGAUGAGGAACGGAUUAGAGAGGGUGGGGAGGCCGGACGCGCGGAGACGGAUGGGGGGGAGGCGAUUGGGAAGAGGGGUGGAAGGGGAGGAGGGUUGCAUACCCAUAAGCACUUUAAGUGGAGUCCGAGGUUUACGGAUGUUUAUAAGAGUGUGGAGGAGGCGCCGCCGGGGAAUGAUGGGUGGGCGGUUAAGGAGGGGCAUACCAGUGUCACCCCGCUCAAGGCCAACUUUUGGAAUACGGCCGAGAAUUUGCAUGGCAAAGAGUUGCAGCUGCCUCCUCUUGAGACUCCCUCCUCGGCUACUAAGACCGAGUUGACCAACCUCCCCAUCAGGGAAUCGUCCACCACCAACUCCAACUGCAAAGACCACCUCUACGCCCUAAUCGACUACCAAGACGCCUACGUUCAACCCCUGAUCCUCUCCGCCCUCCAAAAACUCCUCCCCUCUUCGUCAUACACCCUCCUCCCCUCCCCUUUCACCCCCUCCAACAAAGACGACCUCGAAAUCCAUCUCUCCUCGCUCGUCCCUUCUGCGGAAGCCAAAAUCCUCCAAAUAACCCCCUACGAAACAAUCGACUUCGACCACGCCCUGUCCCACCCCACCACCACGCUCAUCAACAGCUACAUCAUCCGCAAAGCGCUCAUCCGCAAACACUUUUUGUCUUCCACAGUCGAGAACUGGGUCGCCAAGCACCCUUCUUCCGCGCUCAAGACGCACGUUAAAAGGGCGGAAGCGUUCGAAGUCGAUUACGCCGAGUUUUUGGAUGAUUCCCUCGUCGAAGCAUUCGACCUGCGCGCUAGCUUGGAGAAGAAUGACCAGCUCAUUGAGGGGGGAAACCCAGAAAAAGUGGAAUGGUGGAUUCUGAAGCCGAGUAUGAGUGAUCGUGGACAGGGGAUUCGGUUGUUUAGCACGAUGGAAGAGCUCCAAUCCAUCUUUGACGGUUGGGAAGUCGAAUCCGAAUCCGAUUUCGAAGACGAGGACGAAGACGACAACAACUCCAACUCCGACGCCGGCGAAGCUACCCAAAAGGAUGACAACGACAACGACAACGACGCAGACUCCGACUCCGACGCCAACGCAAACAUCAACACCUCCCACCUCCGCCACUUCAUCGCCCAACCCUACAUCCACCCCCCUCUCCUCCUCCCGGAACUCCAAAACCGCAAGUUCCACAUAAGGGUGUACGUCCUCGCCAUCGGUGCGCUCAAAGUCUACGUGUACAAAGAUAUGCUGGCCCUUUUCGCCGGUACUCCCUACACCCCGCCCACGGCUCCCACUUCUUUCUCCUCUGACCCCUCCGACCCCAACCCCGACGCCGAACCCACCGAGAUGGACCUCUCAGCCCACCUAACAAACACCUGCCUCCAAACAUAUCUCUCCCCCAACGCAGCCGAAAACUCCGUCCACCGCUUCUGGGACCUUCCCACCCUUUCGCCCGUCCACUUCCCCCAGGCCAAAGCGGAAGAAAUCUGGGACCAGAUUUGCCAAGUCACGGGUGAAUUAUUCGAGGCUGCCGCUAGGGGAAUGAUGAUUCAUUUCCAGCCGAUGGAACAGGCGUUUGAGGUUUAUGGACUUGAUUUCCUGGUCGAUGCUGAUGCUGAUGGUGAGGGAAACACGGCGUGGUUGUUGGAGGUUAAUGCUUUCCCGGACUUUAAGCAGACGGGGGAGUUGAAGGGGGUUGUGGGCGGGUUUUGGGAGGGGGUGGUCAGGGAGGCGGUGGGUGGGUUUGUGGGUGCGGAGGGGGUGGGGAAGGGGGAUGAUGAGAAGAUGAGGCUGGUGAGGGAGGUUGAUUUGGGGAGGAGGUGGUAA